CUUUACACCAAGGAACAUCGGAUCGUAUGCAUUUCUCAAUUCGGCGACUUGUGAGUUCCCUCUCCUGCCCGAAAGACUCGCCGCCGUCAUUCCCCUCCUCCCGUUUUCGCCCAAAUCCAUCGCUUUCGUGACCGAACGCUGGCGAUAGAGUACCGGUUAGAGUUAGCUGAGGCUUGGAAGGCAACGACGAGGUUGCGGCGUACAAAGACAUCCGAAACUCCCAUCUUUCUCCUCCUUCCGCCUAAACCAUUGAGGAAGAUGAAAAACGGGAUUUAAGAAACUGCUGGAAGGCGCCAUUUGCUGUUUGGCAGGAUUUAGGUUAAAUCUGCAUUUUUAAGGAUGGCAUCGCAAAUGCACGCUAAGCCGAUGAAGUUUGAGAAAGCUUCAAAAUUGGCUGAAAUGUGGAUGGGCAGUAUGAGUGGAUCGACAGCUGAAGAAAAUGAACCGGAAUUUGUCGGUCGCAUCGGAAGGGUUGGUUUAGGAAUGAAAAUUAUACCAAAUGACAGAUCAACAUCUUCUGCAGAUCCACUGGUAAAAAAAUUACAGGGGAAACUAAAUGCUUUCAAGAAGAAAUCUGCUAAAAUUUAUGAACAGGAGAAGCCAGCCGAAGAAAAUGGACUUGGUGACAGUGACGACGAUGACGAUGAUGAGCCUGAGAGUAGAAUCAAAGCUUUGGCUAAAAAGAGAGCAAAUCCUGAAACUAAGCCCCUCCGGCAUGCGAAGAAAGUUAAAUGAUUAAUUAUGGGAAAUUUACAUACAUAAAGUUUGACGUUU